AUGUCCGGCUCCGCAGAGCCAUGUGCGUAUUGUGCCAAGUACGCGGCCGGCCACUGCAUCGGAUUGGGCGCCUUCCCAGAUCUGGAGACGCAACAGCAGCAGCGCAGGCUCGAGCUCGAGGCGCAGCACAGGAGCGCAGGUACGCUGCCGCCGCCGCCGCCAACGACGAGUGGCAGCAACGGCCUCCUGCAGGCAUUCGACGAGGGCGACGUGCCGUACUAUUACCACAAGGACACGUCGCACACCCUCGCGUGCAAGUACGAGCUACUCGACACCAGCGUCGCCAAUCCGGAGUGGGCGCGCGAUCCGCCAGCCGACGUGGCUGUCACCGAGGCGCGAGGGCAAAUGGCCACCGGAGCGCUCCGACUUCGCUUCGACGGCUCCUUCCGAGCCGGUGGCGCCGGAGGCGCGGCAGCUGUGCUUUCCAAGGAUGGAGUCGUUUGGUGGGAGGGAGCCCGUUUCGUGCCCUCGUGCGUCACAUCGUCCCACGCUGAGUUUGAGGGCCUCAUUCUCGGCCUGGAGGCAGCACGCGCGCUGUCGCCAGACGCGCUGCGCGUCGAGGGCGACUGCCGGGUCGUGAUCGACCAGAUGUCGGGCAAGGCACGCGCACGCAAGCUGAGCGAGCCGGCAGGGCGCGCGCGUGAGGCCCUCGCGCGGCUGCCGCUCGGAAGCGCCCCGUCUUUCGGUGCCAUAGCGUACCUGCUCGCCGCGGACGCGCUGCGCGCGCUGGGCGGCUCGCGCGGCGGUUCGAACCCUCGCAGCCGCUUGCUGCGCGACGUCGCCCGGCGGCGGCGGAAGCUCCGCCGGUCGGAAGAGGCGACCGCGCGUCGCGGUGCGCGCGCGGGCCUCGCGCUGGGGCGCCGAGGCGCAGCCGCUCCCUGCGCGACGGCGAUGGGGGAGGAGGUCGCGUUCAAAAUGCCCGGAACGGCCGUCUCAGGGGUGUCCGGCCGGCCCUUCGCCGAUCUCGACGUCUCGACCGUGCCCGGAGAGUGUUUCGACGAGCUGCGAGUGGCGCACACGGAGCUCGUCAGCAACCACGACCUUACCGACAAGUGCCAGCGGGAUUGGCGGAAGUGGGUCGAGUGCCGGGAGGUGGUGAGCCCGGGCACUGCGACCAACGAGGCGAAGGCGGAGCCGAGGUUCCGCUUCUUCCCGCACGAGCUGACGCCGGCUGCGGAGCUGCUUCCCCUCGCCCAGUUCUCGUCCACCAACGAGUACCUGCACCUGGCGCAGCGACGGUACACCUCUGGCGUGCACCACUCUAACUGGCUCGCCCUUGCCGAAGAGCUUACCGAAGAGGCGCUUCGCAGCGGCGGCCGCAAGGCGCCCUCCAAACGCAAGAAGGCGGCGGAGGAAGGCAAGAGGGCACCCAACGGCCAGCUGCACGACAUCCUCGGCGACGCCGCGAUGGGCCAGGGGGCACAGAGGCGCCUUGUUGCCGAUUUGAAGCUCACGAGCUCGCUUGCGAGCAAGGGCAAGGACGCGGCCGGCGACGGAGAGCUCGGCUGGAAGGGGGCGUAUGUUCGCUUCGGCAACACGGAGCCCGGGCUGCUCAAUCUGACGGUGAACGAGCUAGCGUGCGGGGAGAGCGGCAUUGUGCAUGGCUUCAACGUCGGCCUGCGUUCGCCUCACGCGGUGACGCCUCACGCGGUGAGCCCGCAGCGGGCUUCUGCGUGGGCGCGAGGCGACGCAGACGAGGUGCGCGAGGCCUCCGCACGCGAGGCGGCCGAGCGCUUGCGUGCGAGUGGAGCGGGUGGCAGUGAUGGAGGUGAUGGUGGCGGAUGGGCCGACUGGCCGCAGAGCGAGCUCGACGGCGCGCCUGUCUGGGAUCCGAGCGCUGACGACGGCGAGGCCGCCUUUGGCGACGGCGCCCUUGGCGGGUGGGAUGGCGCUGCGCUCGGCAGUGCCGGCGCUGGCGCCUCGGGCAGCGGUGCCGCGUGGAUGUCGCCGGCGGCGUCGGCCGAGCCGGAGAGGGCACGUCGGCCCAUCGAGACGGUCAAGGUUGGCCGCGUGAGCGGCCCAUACGUGCGGCGCAACGGCUACCACGUCGAGGUUCGGGUGCAGCACCCGGCGGGCGACGACCGAGCGGUGGCCGAGGAGACGGCGCACACGCUAUGGAUCUCGCACCAAGUGCUGGACGAGACGGCGCUGCUCCGCGGGGCGGAGGAGCAGGAUCUGUCCGUCGAGGCCGUCGCAGAGGAGGCAGACGCCUUGCUCCCGCGCCGCCGCCGCACACGGCGCGAGAGAGACGUCUGCCCGAUCCCUGCGCCACCGCCCUCCCCGCAGGUGCUCUCCUUCCUCGCCUCGCGCGGCAUCGACCUGUCCGACGGCGACUGGGCCCUCGACGACCCCGACGUGCCCUUCUCGACCCAGCACGCCUCGCUCCGCACGCUCACCGACUACUACCCCGAUCUCAAGGAGCACCUCGCAGAGAAGCUCCUCGGGCCGCAGACAGGCGCCACGCGCACGCCGCCCUUCAAAAAUAUGGCGAUGGGCUCACACCCGCUCUCCGGCUGGUGA